AUGGUUCUUUAUUUCGAAAAUAAACAUACAUAUAAUUUUGAUUUCCAAACCGCCAGUUUGGCAUAUUUGAACCGAUAUCCCAAUCCAUAUGCCAAACAUGUAUUAUCUAGUGACACAUUAGAAUCCUAUAUAGAUUCCGAAGGGAGACUUUGUACUACACGAGUCGUGGUGAAAACUGGUCGAUUACCACAAUUUAUUAAACCUUUACUUGGAUCAAAUUUGAAUUCUUGGAUAAUUGAAAAAUCAAUUAUUAAUCCAAAGACUCAUACAUUAUUGACAUAUUCAAGUAAUAUUGAUCAUCGGAAAUUACUCAGGGUGGAAGAAUAUUUGAAAUAUACUAAAGACGGAAAUGAUACUAUUGUAGAAUCAAAGGUUAAAUUUUCAUCUAAUUUGAUUGGAUUUAAACAAAGAAUUGAAACUUGGAGUCAUAAUCGGUUUGCAUCCAACAUUAGAAAUUCUAGAGAAGGAUUACAAUACGUCAUGAAUAACAUGAAGCAUAGAAUCAGAAAUGGGUUUCAUGAAAAACAUGAAUUGAACUAA